CCUCACUCCAUGUUGGACACGGGAUUUGCCCAAAAGUACUGCACUUUCUUUCCCGUCUGGGGAAAAAGCAAGGAACCUCAGGUUCACACACACCCACCAUUCCGAGUUCUGGACCAGUCCUCGCCUCCAACUCCUCCAGAACCAAGCAGUCCGCGGCAUUCCUUGUCAAGGGCUCGUCUCAUAUCGCCGCCGGUCGAAGUCACCAGUACUUUGAAGCUACUCCGCGCCGAAUUUGUAGGUGCUAGGACGUUUGUGAACACUCGGAGACGGCAAGCCACCUUUGGUUUUCAGGUGUUGUUUUGCUACGUUGCGAACAAGCGAACAGUCUGUUACGUCCCUCGCGUCAGUCAGCCUUUUCGUCAGGUAGCCUUUCUGUCGGCACCGUUACCUGGAGCUCCCACCGAGUGUUGAGUGUGAGAGCAGGAACUAGCGAUGCCUCUUACGUACCUCCGCAUAAACAUUACCGCUCAGCGUGCCGGAUCACUUCCUGGCUAUGACGGCGACCGUCGAGUGGAGUGGUCGAUAGGAGAGGACGCAGGGUCUAUCGCAGAGGCGCAACGACGGACGAGAGAUGCCCUCCGAGUCCUGCGAGCUUUUUGGGAGGAGAGUGCGCCUGAUGGUCUCCGCUUUAAGCAGUUUGCAAACACUGUGUUAGCUGACGGAAACGGGGAUUCGUCUUGGCAGACGACGGCCGAUUCCCCUGAAACAUCGGAAAUAUCUGCCACCGAAACCAAAGUCGUGGAGGCGGAUCUCGUAGACCCUUUGGCGGAAAAGCUCGUCCGCAAUCCCAACGUGCUUCCCGCAUUUCUGUCUGAUCUUCGAGAUUGGGACUCGUUCCGCCUCCUGUUACGAAGACAUGGAGGCGACGUGCCUUUCUUGGCUGACACGUCUAGCGGCGCGUCGCCUGUGGGGCAGGAGGGAGACGCCAGUGGGAGUUCCAAUGGGCAGGUCACCGUCCGAAGUGGCGAAUCGACUGGGUCGCCACGAGACGUCAACAAAUCGGACGCACUGGACGCUGCAAAAGUCAUGAUCGGCGCAUUAGCUAGUCGUGAGACAUUAUGGCAGCAGGAACGAUCGUCUCUGCAGGCAGCACUCUGGGCCGCAGGAGAGCAAGUACGCACGCUGGUCACCACCCUCACCGAGACACUGCAGAAAGUUGGCUCCUUACCGACUCAGGAGGCUGGUACCUCAUCGCCACCGAAAUCCGUCCGAUGGGAUGAGCUUGUCCUCAAACGAGAAGUCAUCCGCGAAAGCGCUGCUCAGUGGGGAUUCGAUUACGAGGAUGGAAAUGCUUUGGAAUGGAAAGAGGCAGAGUGGCUGAAGGAGCUUGCCAAACAGGACGUACAGAUGAAGGCUAAGGGCGAGGGUUCAAGCACCGCGGCAAACUUCUCGUUUUCUCCCGAAGACAUUCUGGCUGUUGUUCGCGCCACGAGGCGACUCGCAGGACGGUCGGUGGGUAGUACGCCGCCCGUAAAUGGAAGGAGAGCAUCACUAUCCGAAGAUGAGGACACCGAGGAAGACACAGAAGACGAGUUCGAGGAUCCUACCGACGACAGCAAUAGCAACGAAGAUUUGGGCGACGGUGAUGCUUCGACCGUGCCACUUAAGGACCCUACGGCUGACGAAGAACGCGACGGCGCAGAGUUGGAAAGCCUCUCGUCUCCCAAAGACGAAGUUGAGGACGUCCCUGAUCCAAUACAUAGGCACACGACGCCACUGACCCGUGCGGCACCAGAAAACGCGGCAGCGAAAGCUAGCGCCGCGCUUUACAACCUCCGCCCGAUGCCCAACGACGCCGCCGCAUCCGAGCAAUCGUCAGAAUCGCCAAGCCCAAAGGUGAACAAUGCGUCUCCGCGUUUCGCCCUUGAUGGCACUACAAACGGGGUCAAAGUGGCUUUGGAUGAUACUGUGACUUUGAUUGCCUCCGGAAGACGUAAUCGGCCAAGACCGCAACCCAGAGUGGAACCGACGACAUCGUCCAGCCCUUCGCUUUUGAAUGAUUCCAGCAAGGCUGUCGAUGUCGAUGCUCCUGCCACAACGACGAAGAAGGAUGCCGCAUCAGAAACCUCGAUACCGGCUGUUAAGGACGGCUUAGAGGUUACACCUCCUUCUACGCCUCCAAAUAGGGGUAAACCUGUGCAGACAGACGACAAAGCCGCAAAACAGCCUGUUGACGAGCCUGCUACUCCAACAACGCCGGAACCGACCAAGCCUUCCGUACCCGUUCAGGAGUCGACGGAACUCGCCCCGGACGGUUCCAGCGUGGCCACUCCCGUAACAUCGACUCCCGCAACACCCGCUGCCCCGCCGCCAGCACAAACAAACGGAGCAACUCCCCAGGCGACACCCGCAGGAUCGGACGUCGCCACCCCCAUCGGCCGCAAAGGCAGCCUCACUGGAAUCGUAGCUGAUGCCAUAGAAGCCGAAAUAGAAAAACAAGCAGGGCAUUCCAGCAACAGCGGCAUCAAGUACAAGCCCUCCGUCGAAAACAUUCCCGAAGCAGGAUCCCCGGCCAAAGCCGAACCGGCGAAGAGGAAGGGGUCCAUUGUGAAGAGGGUGUGGAGGAAGGUUAGCUUGGAGUUUAAGAAAAAGUAGAUAGAAUCCCUUGGCAAAACAGACAUCUUGCGAUUUUCAAGCUUGUAGAUAACUUGUAUAAUAGCCCCCCCAUUUUGCCUAGUCCAUUGUCAAGAAAACGGCGUUGAUCGCAGGAUAGCACACA